CCCAACACUCCCACUUCCCACGAAAUUCACUCCUUCAUACCAUGUCCCGCCUCGACGCCAUCCUCAAUCCCGAAGUCAGACAGCCUUCGGGAAUUCCAAGCCCAGAUUCCUCUACAUCGAGCGUGAGCGCAUCGUUCGAGCCCAUACACUACGUCCCUCGUCCUUCAAUGGAGGAGAAAACGCACGAGCAUCCAGAGCACCCCGAUUGUCCAGAUACCCUUGCCUGUCUCCCAGAUACCGAUGCCAGGCCCCAGCAUACCUUGCCCGUCAUCCUGCGCUGUGCGAUUAUGGGAUCCAAGAAGAAACGUUUGACUAUCCGCGAGAUUUAUGCCGCCAUGGAGGAGAAGUAUCCCUACUACCGCACGGCAGGUAUCACAUGGAAGCAAUCCGUUCGCCACCAUCUGUCUCUCAACCGCCUUUUCGAGCGCCAGCCCCGCCCCGUUACCGAUCCUGGGUUUGGUUCAUAUUGGACCGUCAACCUCGAUGCUCCUCCUGGGACUAAGCGUCCUCGCAAGCGCGGCCGCCCUCUCGAAGAGGGAGAGGAGGCUCCUCCCCCCAAGAAACGCGGUCGUCCACGCAAGGUUCCUCUCCCCGAACAAACGCAGCCCGUCGCCUCACACAGUAUGGAUCACCCUCCCAUCGCGACGCUCUCAUUACCAGGCGCUCGGACGCCGUCUCACCAAGGCUACACGGGCCCUCCUAGCUCGUGCGGGCGCUACGCGGAGGAUGAGGACGAGAUGUUGUUCGAUGAUGCUAGUAGGCGUACCGACGAUGAUUAUGAGAGCGAGGAGGAUAUGCCCCAUCACCAAUACCGACCCACCAGUCCCCCCAAUUUCCAACUUAGACCUGUUUCGAAUCACGGUCCUAGCUCGCAUGGCGCACGGGUGUUGGCGCAUAGCAUGUCGCGACUCGUGACGGACGCGCCUGAGAACACGAUCGACAAGCUUCGGAUCGAGAUGGCCACGCUCAGGAAGCAGGCGAAUGACGCGCUCUCCAUGUCGAUCAGUGCGACGGACCAGUUGUCGCAGGCCCACGCCGAGUGCAGUCGAGCAAAAGCUCAGUUGAAGUUGGCAGAAAACAUGUUGGAGGACGAGGCGAGGAAACGGAGAGAGGCAGAGAGGAUCGCAGACGAGGAGAUCAGGAGGAGGAGAGUACUGGAAGCAGAGAUUGACAGGUACAGGCAUCAUCUGAAGUCUCCAGAUGUGGAGUCGGAGGACGAAGAUUAGGGAUCCGUUUAUCCCUUGGAGGAGAAGCUUUUCGAGCGUGCAAUGGACUCGAUAUCGACCUUCGUUUUUCUCCUAUUAUUUUUGCCUUUACAGUAGGAGAGUUGUACUCUGGGAAGACCGUGGGUGCAUUCUGACACUGGCCUCAUUGAAGUCUCGUUCGCAUUUUACUGUGUAGCUAUGAUUCGUGACUAUGUGUAUGGGACUAUGUUAUGCUCAACCUUACCUGUCGAGCGCAAUAACAAGCAUUGAUCGU